ACACGGAGCAGCAGCCCGGUCCAUCUGAGCUAAGCACCCUUUAGAGACUUGGAGGUGUUUAUCUGCGUUUCCAGGUGUGUUUUCUAAAAUUUUGACGUUAAUUUACCGCUCAGCUAACAGUCUCUGCGUUAGCUUGGGUGUGCGGUGUUACCAUGGUGACGCUCCGCAGCCGUGGCAGAGGGGACGCGGAUCAGAGCAACGGGACGCAGCGGCAGCAGAGGCCGACCAGGAGAACCGAGACCCAACUGCGGGCUCCAGUAGGGACCCGGAGCAGGAGCACGGUCCCCCGAUCGGAGGAAUCCGCACUGUCCAAUGGAUUUAAUGCUAUGGAUGAUGAGCAGAAUCAGGUUGAUUCUGAAACACACGAGAAUGAAGAUGUGAAACCACCGAAAACCAUCAUCAGGAAAUCUCUAAGGCUUCAAAACACUGCAGGUGGUAGGAAAAGUGGGCUGAGGAGAAGCACCAGGCCGACCAAACCAACCAGCAGAUACCAGGCCUCCAACAUGUUCGACGGCAUCAGCACCAACACGACCAGGUCAGUCUUGAAGAGGAUGGACAACAUGAAGAAGAAGAGGCGGCUCAGUAACAACGAAGAAGGAAAGAUCUACUCUAAAGCCCAGAGGAGGAGAACACCAGUACCACCACCGAGAGAGCUCAGCGACAGCGAGGAGGAAGACGGUGCAGUCGAUGACGAGGACAGCAGGCAGGAAGUGGCUGCAGAUGAAGACAGCAACUGCAGUGUUAACCAGAACCAGGACGCCAAACUGAGCAAAGCCUCGUCACUCUACCAGGGACCCAGCAGUGAGUUCCAGGGAGGAACCUUCAGGAUCAGUGCCUCUGGACCAAACACGACCCGCAGAGGAGUGCUCAGAGCCACUAAGAGCGCAUGGUUGAACCAGUCUGAUGAAGACAACGACUCUGAUGAUGAAGAGCAGAGCAGUGAAAAAGCCUCUCGCAGCUUUCGGCCGCUCGGCCUGCGCACAGACGAUCUUCUGGGGACUCGCAGAGACAAGAUGAACGCAGGGGCAGGUCUGGCAGACAUUGAUCCCAUGGCCAUCGACCAAUCAGUGGGAUUCGACAGCAUCGGAGGUCUGUCGGGCCACAUCUCAGCUCUGAAGGAGAUGGUUGUCUUCCCGCUCCUCUACCCUGAGGUCUUUGACAACUUCAAGAUCCAGCCUCCCAGAGGUUGUUUGUUCUAUGGUCCUCCUGGGACAGGGAAAACGCUGGUUGCCCGGGCGCUGGCAAACGAGUGUAGCCAUGGCAACAGAAAGGUGUCCUUCUUCAUGAGGAAGGGAGCCGACUGCCUCAGCAAGUGGGUGGGCGAGUCGGAGCGGCAGCUGCGGCUGCUGUUUGAGCAGGCGUAUCAGAUGCGUCCAUCCAUCAUCUUCUUUGAUGAGAUUGACGGCCUGGCUCCGGUCCGGUCCAGCAGACAGGAUCAGAUACACAGCUCCAUUGUGUCAACGCUCCUGGCUCUGAUGGACGGUUUGGACAGUCGCGGUGAAGUUGUGGUGAUCGGAGCAACAAACCGGCUGGACUCCAUCGAUCCAGCGCUGCGACGGCCCGGACGCUUUGACAGGGAGUUCCUCUUCGGCCUUCCCGACAGAGAGUCCCGUAAAGAGAUUCUGAAAAUCCACACUAGGCAGUGGAAACCUCCUCCAUCUGAAGGUUUCCUGGAAGAACUGGCUGAGAAGUGUGUCGGUUACUGCGGAGCCGACAUCAGGGCGGUGUGCACCGAGGCGGCGUUGUGUGCUCUGCGUCGCCGCUACCCGCAGAUCUACGGCACCUCCCAGAAGCUGCUGCUGGACGUCUCCUCCAUCGCCGUCAGCAGCUGCGACUUUGUGGAGGCCAUGAGGAAGAUGUCACCGGCCGGACAGCGCUCCGCUGCUUCACCCGCUAAACCCCUGUCACCCGUGGUUCACCCGCUGCUGGGCUUCGCCCUGCGGGACAUCCUGGAGGCUCUGCAGAGGCUGUUCCCUCACGCUGAGCAGGGCAUGAAGAGGAAGAGGGAGCCAGACCUGACCUCUGGUAUCCUCGACGAUGGCCUGAUGUACGCCGGAGACGAGGGAUCCAGCACAUCCAGCAUCUCCGCACCCUCCACCUCAAAUAGUAGGAACUUCCUGCACUUUGCCAGGAGUGCAGUCAAAAACCCAACAUCUCACCGUCCCAGGAUGCUCCUUGCAGGUCGUCCUGGCGCCGGUCAAACUUCUCACCUGGCUCCUGCAGUUCUGCACGCUUUGGAGUGUUUCACGGUCCACAGCCUGGACUCAGCGGUGCUGUUCGGAGUCAGCAGCACCUCCCCGGAGGAAGCCUGCACCCAGGUGUUCUGCGAGGCCAAGCGGACAUCUCCCAGCAUCCUCUACAUCCCACACCUCCAGCAGUGGUGGGACACCGCAGGGCCCGCGCUGAAAGCCUCCUUCCUCAGCCUGCUGGGCAGCAUUCCCUCCUUCUCCCCCAUCCUGCUCCUCGCCACCUGCAACGUCCCCCCCGCACAGCUGGACCCAGAAAUUCAGUUUCUGUUUCGGGAGGAGUAUGGAGAGGUUUUCACUGUCAGUGUCCCCAGCCAGAAGGAGAGGACCGACUUCUUCCAGGACCUCAUUCUGAACCAGGCGGCCGAGGCUCCACCCUCCAGGAGAAAAGCACUGACUCAGUCCACAGAGGUCCUUCCCCUGGCUCCCCUCCCUUCUCCUCACCAGCUGUCUGAGCAAGAGCGCCUCCGUCUGGAGGAACAGGAGGAGGACGUGCUGCGAGAGCUCCGCCUCUUCCUGCGUAAUGUCACAGAGCGUCUGGCUCUGGACCGCCGCUUCAAGGCCUUCACCAAACCGGUCGACAUAGAAGAGGUCCCCGACUACCUGAUAGUGAUCAGGAAGCCCAUGGACCUCUCCACGCUACUGACCAACAUCGACGAACACAAGUACGUCACCGUCAGCGAGUUCAUGUCAGACACAGACCUCAUCUGGCAGAAUGCCCUCGAGUACAACCCGGACAGCGACCCCAUGGACCGUCAUAUCCGUCACCGUGCAUGUGCUCUAAAGGACACAGUUCGAGCCAUCAUCAGAGACGAGCUGGACGAAGACUUUGACAGAGUCUGUGAGGAGAUCAAAGAGUCUCGAGUCAAGAGAGCUUCCUACUGCAGGAGUGAGGCCAACCCAGACGAGGCUGAUGGCAGGAACGGCCCUCGACAUCGAGCCCGUAAAAAAAAGCGUUACAAACUGCACCGCAAAUCCAAGUGGAGCACCGGCGUCAUUAAGAAAAUCAAGAAGAAGAAGGCGCCAGUCCCUGCGUCGUCUUCCUCCUCCUCAAUGUCCAGCAAGGCCGGCUCAGAAUCAGGCCCAGAGGAGAGUGGAGCCAUUGAAAUGAGAGUGAUGAACGGCUGUGCUGAUCCAAGCUCAUCCACCACGUCAGAGAGCAGCAACGGCGAGCAGAGCCGGCUGACAGGCACCACGAACGGGUAUCACCACAACAUAAAUGGUGUCACAGGGAUCCAAAAUGGAGUCCUCAUGAAUGGGUACCACCAUUCCGAGCCGCUUGACCUUCAGCUGCAUGACAGCAUCCUCACAGGGAGGCUGAACUUCAGGCAUCAAACCCAGACACGAAAAACCCCCCCAAACCCGAAGACAAUGGUGAACGGGGUUUAUUUGAGCAGUUUAGAAAAGCGUAAGACGCGUGAGAAGCGAGCCAACAAAGUGGCCAUGGAGCAGCUGCAGCUGUUCAACCCAUCUGCUGAGAUCCUUGACCACGACACACCACCACUCGUGGUCGAUCACAACAAACUGAGGGGUCUCCUCAACCGAGCUGUGGAUAGAACAGAGGGAGCUGAGGUGGAUCCGCUGGAGAAGCUUUACGCUCUGCUGGCUCAGUGCAUCUACAGACACAGAAACAACUACAAAAAGACGGAGCUCAUCCAGGAAAUGAAGAAAGAAAUUGACAGUUUCUGCUGAUCCCCUGUGCCAGGUCUAUUUUAAUAAAACCUCAGAGCAUUAAUAUGUGAAGUUGUUUACUCUUGUUGUUUUUACAUUUAAUUAUGUUCAUGGAACAUAUGAAAUGUCAGAAAUACCUCAGUAUUUAUUCUGUUAGAUGUUAUUUAUAAUAGAGUUUUAUUCAUGUGACCACUUUAUCAGUUUAUUAUGCAGUAUUUAAUUAAUUCAGCUUCAUCAUGUUUUCUUUGCUGCCACCAUCUACGUGCUACAGAUUUAUCACUCUGUAUUGUGCAGGUGAUGUUAGUAUCAAAGGUUAAAAAGUGCAUCACAUGUAGAACAGUUUACCUCUGAAUAUUGUUAAUGUUGAAUAUAUUUUGGCUCUGAUGACAGCUCAGGCAGAACAACUAAUAAAAGCUAAAUGCAGAAAAUAUUUUCCCCCAUUUUUUUUUCCUCAUCUUCACUGUUAUCACUGAUAUUUGAGUUUAAUAUAAAUUAUGUUUGAAAAUAUUGUAGUUACAGGAUGUAUAGUUAGUGUAGUUGUACUUUGAUUCAAUUUAAUGCUAAUUCAUAAACAUACAGUUUGAAUUGCACAUUAACAUUUUACAUACAAAACAUAUGAUAAACAUAAGAAACGUGAUGAUUUUUUCUAAAUUAAAUCACCCAAAAGUCAUGGAUUGAUAAUGAAACAAUCUGCUCCCGAUUGAAAGAGACACAAACAACGCAACAUGCUUCUUUUUGAGGCCAUUUUGUGCCUCUUUAUAGUUUUGUGUCUCUUUAUGAAUUUUGCAUCUCUAUUACUCUUGAUGGUUGUUUUUUGACUCUUUGUGGUUGUUUUGCUUCCCUUUGUAGUCAUUUUAUGCUCUUGUGGUCAUUUUGCUGAGCUAUUCUGCAUGUCUUUGUGUUCUUUGUGGUUGUUUUGCUCCCCUUCAUAGUCCUUUUGUAUCUUUAUGUAUUUCUUUUGCGUCUCCUUGUGGUCAUUGUGGUUGUUUUCUGUCUCUGUAGUUGUUUUGUGGUCAUUUCCCUCCUCUUUGUUGUUAGUUUUGUGUCUCUUUUGUUGUCUUUGUCUCUCAGUGGACUUUCCAACAACAAAUGUUAACAGUCAUUUUAAACAGAGAGUUCUGGCACAGCGGCCCCUCAGACACCUUGGGUCUUUGCCCAGUGGACCCAGUUCAGUAAUCCAUUCA